CCCUCUGGGUUCUAUAAAGCGAAGAGGGCAACGAGACAGCGACCAUCCGAAUUCCCCUUUCCAAGCCCGGUGCCAGCUGAGCUCUCAUCCAUCACCACCAUGCAGCAGCUGCAGCUCCUCCUCCUCGUGGCUCUGGCGGUCGGCAUGGAGGCGAAACCCCUGAACACAGAUUCAGCAGCUGCUGCACACCCACGUCCUCCUUCCCCCACAUCCCCCGUCCCCGUCUCAGCCGAACAAGAUGCAGAGCCAGCUUUAUUGUCUGCACCUCGUUCUCCUACUAAUGACUCAGUCCUCUCAGUGGCAGGUGUCACCGGGUUGAAGUCGCUGCACAAACGCUACGUCAACGACUACGACGCACCCAUCGACUUCUCUUGCCCGGCUCACCAGUCCAUCUACAUCAUCCACAGUAUCCACAACAACGACGCCGAGGACCGCAUCUGGGACUUCCGCUGCAAGGAGACGUUCGACCUGAGCCGCCCCGUCUCCUCCUUCGCGACCUCGUACGUGAACACCUUCGACGAGAAGCUGGAUUUCACCUGCCCAUUCAACUCCAUCGUGUCCGGCAUCGGGAGCUACCACAACAACGACGCGGAGGACCGCAGAUGGAAGUUCACCUGCACCAUGCAGGCCAACGUCUGCUUGGGUGCGUGCCAGUGGACUGACUACCUCAACGACUUCGACUCGCCAAUCUUCUGGGUUGCCCCGGACUCCCGGUACCUGGUGGGGGCGCACAGCUACCACAGCAAUGACGCCGAGGAUCGCCGUUGGAAAUUCCAAUUCUGCACCAAGGCCGCGUGCUAAACCAGCCGUGGAGUUUAGGUCUCAUUGCAUUUCAUGGCUUACACCCCAAACGCUUGCAUUAACGGUGUAUGCAUCACAUAAGCUUUUAAACUUGCACUGAGUGUUUUAUGUGCGGGUGGUUCAGCGUGAAGGUGUCGCUUUAGUUUCUCGGAAAAAAAAGUUGAAAGCCAAGUGGGAGUGUGCAUAAUAUUUGAUGCUCAGCGCGCAAUUCACAGCAGUGGUCUAAAUACAAAACGUUAAACAAAUCAUUAAACACCUUGGCAGAUUUAUGAGCUUAGUUCAGGAUCAGUUUGCUUAUGUUCGAGCAAAUGUGAACACGUCAUCAUCAUCAUCACCACCACGACCUAUGAGCAGAUAGCCCAUAGGUAUCCACUACAUAUUUCGUAAUUUAUCUGGUUCUUUCGGUAAAGUCACGUAUUAUUUUUUAUUGUAUUUUCUACCCCAUGCGACUUUACCGAAUGAACCAGAGAGUAUGGAUUCCUGCAGUCACGAAAGCUUCAAAUCGAGAUUUCGUCAUUUGUUUCCACUUUUCUCUGCCUUGUAGUGCCAAUACGCUCAAGUAGUGCCACAUUUUUCUGGCACCAGUCUCUUUUGUCGUCGUCAGGCUGUUCUCUGUUAGGUCUUCAUCUCUUUUGGGUUCCUUCCAUUUUUCCGAACAACAUACUUUGAAUUUCCCUGUUGUUGUCCACACUACAUAUGUCUAAACAGUGCUUGUUUCUUCUCAUCACUGCCUGCAUCAUCAGGUUGUCUUUUUGUACGUGCAAAUCUUUUUCCUACUUCCACAUUGGUCACUCUUUGGGUCCAGCACAGAUGCAGUAAUCCUCAUGUGGCAAUACAUUUCGAGUGCCAGUAUCUUAUCUCUGUCAGUCUUUUUCAAUGUUCAAGUCUCGCAGGCAUGCACAGCUGUACCAAACACGCAUUGUUCCUCAGAUGCUCGGUUUGGUCUUGAAGCUGAUUUGCUCGCUUCUCCAGAUGCCAUUGAAAUCCUGCAAUUACUUAUUUUCCCUUUACUCCAUUCCCUUACGUGUGAAAGUGUAAGCGAAUGAAAUGGAGACCCUUUCGUUUUUCAAGGCGUUCUCCUGCCCCGCGUAAAGCAUUUGCCCCACCGGCGUUGAAGAUGCCUUGGCAUCAGAGGAGAGCAAUCAUUUAGCAAUUUGAGGACAUCUACCGAACUCGAGUGCCAUUGAAGACCGAACGCACCACUCAACCACUGCUGUGAAUGUCGGCUUCAGUACACCUUGCUUCCUGUCCCGACCCCCAAGUAAAAAGUUUGCUGCCAUCUUAGAAAUGCCAAGACUGAUUUUCACAUGCGGCCACAAGUCAUCUCGUUUGUGUAUAUGAAGCAUCAUUGCAUUGCUCAUACAACUUUUAAAUGCUUCUUAUAAGCCAGGUUUCCCCAAAACCCAGUUAGCGGAGGCCCCACCAUCAUUACGACACAAAGAAGUAACAUUUCCUUUCUAAUAUGCAAAUGAAGUUGCUUACAAAAUGCUCGACGCGCCUAAUGAUUGCUCAUGUGGCGUCGCCUGACAUUGAUACAAAUUAAAAUUAAAAUCAGAGGAUCUGCUUAUAUUCAG